AUGGGUCUAAUACAGGUUCAAUUUCCAUCUCCAGCUGCUACAGAUUAUGUAGAAGGUCGAUCAAGAACUAUCCCUGUCGAGUCACCAAAUGGCCAGUAUUCACCUCUGGAGCAACAAGGUUUUACUAUUCUCAAAUACAAUGCUCCUUCCAAUCCGGCACAACAAAGAAGUGAUUUGGAAGAUAUCUCUAUGGCAACCCCAGAUGCAGCCUGUGCACAUAUCGCCGCUACUUCACUUGGCUCCCAGAUCCCGAACCCAGUGGGUGAUAGCAUGAUCGAUUUCGAAAAUCUCCAGUUUGACGAUGAAUCCUUCCUCGAAGACAUCUUACUCUGCCAGUUCUCUUACAAUCCACCGGUCCUCACAGUAGCUUCAUCACCGGUUCCAGAAAUUGCUCCUACGAUAGGCCUUCCCGAGCUUCCGGAUAGUAUCGCACCACUGGAAAUAAGUCACCCACCAAAUGAUGCUGGUCAAAAAAGCAAUGGCAACCCAAAUUGUGCUAUUCAAAUCACUUCCAACGAACUUGAAGUGUUUCAUGCGAAAUUGUUAAUUUCUGAUGUGGAUGGAACUCUGUCCAACUUCCACAAACCCAGUCUUUCUCGCACCUUGCGAUGUAUGAUCGCGUAUUUCCAACAUUUCGAUCCACACGCCCCCUUCGUCCACUAUGCCUCUUUCAGUAUAUCAACUGAACAUCCCGCUCUUGUCUUGAUUAUGCUGGCUAUUGGUGCCGUUCAUCUUUCUGAGACUGAAUUUGCUCGAUCCGCCUACGAGGCUUCAUGUUUGUUACUCGCUCAGCACGAAAAGGACUGUCUUGAACAGCAAGAUUCUUCGUUCAAUCUCUGGGCGGCCCAAGCCACACUACUCUGUGCACAGUAUGGCGUCACCAGCGGAAGCCAUGAUCUUUUCUUCCAGGCACAGAAGCACCUUUUCGCAACACACAUGGGUAGUUUGUUGGAUGUUCGUGGUUUCUGCGACAUGCUACAGCCUUGA